AAUAAGACGACACCUAUUGAACCGCCUUUAACAUCCUUGUCAUACAUUGGUGACAAAGAUAUGCAAUUUCCUUAUUGUAUUCUAUCAAUGAAAAUUGAUCUUGUAAACUUAAAGUCCAGGCUUUAGGACUUCCUUAUUUCAUAAAAUUCGCUCAAUAACGUUAUAUAUGUAGUUUUUUAACAGAUUUAAGAUUUUUUUAAAAGGGAUUACUCAGACACAGUGAGUUUCAGGCACAACAAUGGCGGAUUUUAAACACGUGACCCUGCUAUGUCUGGUCUGUCUUGUUAUAUUUUGUACAAUGGAAACCUGUUUAGCAAACAUUGAAGACAAAAUCGUACCAGGAACAGAGUUUAUACAUCAAAAUUCAAAUGGAUCAAAAACGCAGGAAAGAAGAGUGGAAAAUUACAGUUUUGCUCCUGGAAUGGUGUCUGUCGAUUGUCUCCGCUGUCUAUGUCUGGAGUUGUCAAACUGUGAACCGGUUGGGUGUAAAAUAUUUGGUAUAUCAUUACAUUGUGGCUACUUCCGUCUAUCACAAGCCCAGUGGAAAGACUGUAAGACUCUUCCUGGUGUACAUUUGGGCUGGAAGGAAUGUUCUAACAACAUUACAUGUGCAUCACAGUGUAUUCAGAAUUAUAUGCAAAUGUAUUUAAAGAAAUACCGCUGUGAACUCACGUGCGAGGGGGUGUCACGUGAUUAUUACGGCGGUCCAAACGGUUGUAACAACCCGAGAACAAUAGAAUCCUGGUAUGCUCUGCAAGAAGUCCCCGGAUGUAAAGGCGUCAAAUAAUUGACAAUGAAUUUAUCAAUGUAUGAACACAAAUUUAUUGACUAAAUAUAUUUAAUCCAACCCA